CGCGGAUUAUUUUCUACUCACUACCAUCGACUGGCAGACGAGCAUGAAAAUGACCCAGCAGUAUCUCUGCAUCACAUGGCAUGUAAAGUUGCCUCAAGGAAUGACCAAAGCAACUCAAAGGUUGUGGAAGAGGUCACAUUUCUAUAUAAGCUUGCGAAAGGCGCUUGCCCCAAGAGUUAUGGACUCAACGUCGCUCGCCUUGCAGGUAUGCCAGAGUCUGUAUUGGAACGCGCAGCAGCGAGAGCUACAGAACUGGAGGCAAAAGCCAAGGAGGUGGAAGAGCGUCAUGCUGCUGUGAAGAGCGGAGAGGGAGGAGACAGUGCGGUGAAAGAAUUGGAUGUGGAAACAAAAGUGCUUUUGCAAGAUUUGCUGUCGACCUUUUCCAGAACAUUGAAAGUCGAUGGCGAUGGGGAGACGGAAAUAACCGCUGCUGCAAACGCUUCGGACAAUGCUGUUUAUUCGUUGUUGCGAAGGGCGCAGGUCCUAGUUGGAAAAGAUGAUGAAUUGUGAAUCAUUUUUUUUUGAAACUCCUUUUGAGAGCCGCACUGUCGUCAUGGCAGAGGAAAGCAGCAGGCGUCAUGGAACAGG